AUGUUCAGGUUCCUCUUCGUCAUUGUGAAGAAGUGCCCAAUGAAACAAAACGGGAUUACUGAUUUGAAUACAGGAGAUGAACUGCUACGAAUCAAUCCGGCUGAUCUGGAAAAUGAAUUUGUUGAGGUUGAAAAUGAAUGUAGUAAAGAUGCUGUCCCAAAUGAGGAUUUCUAUAUCCCAGUUGUUGAGCCAGAAAAUGGGACCUUGCGAGGUGGUUCAGACAUCUUGGAGCCAGAUAGAUCGAGUGGUGAUGCAAGUGAAGAUCUUAAGAGGAAAGGAGCCGAUUCCUUUGAUGCACCAUAUUCAAAUAAAUCUCGGAAAUUUUUUCAAGAUGACCAACAAUCAUCUCCAGGUGAUAGUUCUCAACAUCAACACAAGCGUGAAAAGAUGGAUGGGAGUGUUCUCCGGCCGCGCCGCCCAAGUAUCAAAAGAAAAAGAAGUAAGCGCUAUUCGGUCUACUGCUGGACUGGUUAA